CCCGCUGACAUCACAUCCUUGUUUACAAGCUAGCUCGGCACAGCUAGAGCGCCCUGCCUGGAAACACGUCCUCAUACAUUAGCACUAGCUGUCGGGUUGAGUCAUUUCACUGUGUGCUCAGCGGUUCGUUCGUAUACUUUAAUCAAUAAAUAUGUCGGCUAACGGACCUGGACCCGGAGAAGACUGCACAGAUGCGAGGAGAGGCGAUGGGCAAGAGUCGGAGCCGUCUUCGUCUGCUUCUGGCUCCAUGGACGUGGAUGCCAAGCCCAGCUCCCACAGCUUCAGAUACAGCCUCAGCUUCCCCAGCAUCGGCCAGUGCAUCAUCAUCAACAACAAGAACUUUGACCGCAGAACAGGCAUGAAUCAACGAAAUGGUACAGAUGUAGAUGCAGCCAACGUGAUGAAAGUUUUCACAAAGUUGGGUUAUAAAGUGAAGGUUUACAACGACCAGUCAGUCGAGCAGUUGAAACAAGUUUUAAUUUCUGCGUCAAAGGAAGAUCACAGCAGCAACGCCUCAUUUGUCUGUGUUCUGUUGAGUCAUGGAGAUGAGGGUGUGUUCUUUGGAACCGAUGGCUCCAUAGAGCUCAAGUACCUGACAUCACUUUUUCGAGGCGAUCGCUGCAGAUCACUGGUGGGAAAGCCCAAACUCUUCUUUAUCCAGGCUUGCAGAGGCACUGAUCUGGAUGGAGGCAUUGAAGAAGACAGUGGAGAAGGCACUACCAAGAUCCCCGUAGAAGCUGACUUCCUCUACGCUUUCUCCACAGCCCCAGGCUACUACUCGUGGAGGAAUACUAUGACUGGUUCCUGGUUCAUCCAGUCGCUGUGCGAUAUGAUCAGCAAGUAUGGAAAAGAGUUGGAGCUCCAGCACAUCAUGACCCGAGUGAACCACAAGGUGGCGACAGAGUUUGUGUCCGUUUCUCAUUCACCGGGCUUUGAUGCAAAGAAACAAAUCCCAUGCAUUGUGUCAAUGCUGACCAAAGAGAUGUAUUUUUGUCCUUAAUAUCGUCUCUGCGGCAGGAGCCUUCCACCCCAGAGGGCUUUAAUUAUUUUAGGUUACACUUUCUGACUGAAUUUGUCUUGAAGCCUUGGUAAACUUAUUUCUGGGAGAUUAGAUGUGACACUAAAUUUGGAUUUUGACAGGUACUUGUGGAGUACAGUUCUUAUAUAGAAGGCAUUACAAUCUUUUGUAUACUCUUUUUAAAGAAAAAAAAAUCAUGUCUCUAAAGAAAAAAAAAAACAAAUUGACCUUGUAAUUCAAUUCUCACCACUUUCAACCGGUACAUGCCUCUCUGGUGUUUACACUCUACACAUUUCAGGGAAAACAUUACAAACCAGUUUAAUAGGAAGUUUGACCCUCUAUGUUCGUCUGUCUGUUUUUAAUCAUGGAAGCAUAGAUGAGAUGCUAGCACUCCAACAACAUUUUCACAAGUCAGCUGUUUAUUUUAACUUGAGAGAUCAUGUGUGCCUGCUUUUUAUUAUUCUUUUUUUUUUACAUACUUGUUGUCUUUUUUUUCACUUGAGUCGAUGUAUAACAACACCAUGACGUGCACGACCAAUAUAAUAGGUCUUUCGCUGGAUAAGUAGCAGAUAAGUUGUGUGAAGCCUCAAUGAAUGUGACUCUUUCACUCAGAUGGAACUUGUUCUUUUGUUGUUUUUCUAGCAUGGGAUUCAUUUUAUUUGUGUUCUUCCUUUCAAAGUACGUGAAGUAUGUCUUUGAAUGAAUUGUUGUGUCAUAGCAUGCAUAAGUAAAGCCAGCCCACUUGCACGAUGCUGUCAUACCUGAACGAUGCUUUUUUUUCAUAUUUGGUACUAGUUCAUGUAUUUCAUGUGGUUAGAAGAGAUAAGAUGAUGAAUUGGACAUCACAACUUCGUUACGUAUUCAUCCGCUUGAAGUGAAUUCUAACCGACAAAGCACAAUAUGUGUUCUGAUCAAGGUCAUGGUCAUUUGUGAAAAUAUGCAAUUUUUACAACUUAUAGGCUGAAAACAGUUUUGCUGUUAAAAUAUUUCACUGAUGUUUGACAAUCUAGUUUUCAAGUCAUUUUGCUAUACAUGUCAGUUUGGGGCUUUUUUGUGGUAUCACUACUUUGUAAACAAGCUAUACUGUGAGGUUUUAAUAACAAUCUUAUGGAAAAAUAAAGACCACUUUUCAUUGUUCUGUCUUGAAGACAGUGUCA